AGCUUGAAAAUGCUAUUUGCUUCACUGUGUGUUAGCCUCUUGGCGAUUUGUAGUGCCUUAAUAGUGUCAGGUGCUCCGUGGAAUUUUACUGAGGAUAAUGGAAUGCUUUCAGCGAUGUCGGAUGAAGUUGCUCGCAAAUUUUCCAAAGAGUACACAGCUUAUCUGAAGACGGGCAUCGAAUCGCCUGUGUUGCGUCAGAUUUCUAAUGAAAUGGCAUCCACGCACUCACAGAAGGACAUUUUCACAAAGAAUAUCGGGGACUUGCGCGCUGUUGAUCAAUUUGUCGUAUGCACAACUUGUCGUGCCACUUUGAGUGUGUUGGGCGACAUGUUUCGUGACCCUGAAGGUGAAUUGAAUGGCGAAUCGGCGAAAGAGAAUUCAAAGAAGGUGAUGCUCGAUAUUUGUGAUCGCUUCAAUCUGCAAACUGAGGAAGUUUGUUCUGGAUUGUUCGAAUUGAAUUGGCCUGUUCUGGAUUAUAUCAUUCAAAACACAGUGGCUGAUACGCGUAGCUUAUGCGGUACAUUGCCAAUACAUUUUUGUAAAGUGAGGCAGGAAGAGUACAAUUUUACACUGAGCAUUGACGCUAGUGGAUCUGUAAUUGAUGGCCCCAAAAGUGACAUACCGGCUAAGAGCAGUGACGACUUGAAAAUAUUACAUUUGACUGAUAUACACUACGAUCCCGAAUAUGAGCCGGGUGCACUGGCGGAUUGCCCAGAGCCGAUGUGUUGCCAACGAAGCUCCCUAUCCGGUGUGGUGGAGUCAAGUAAACAAGCUGGAUAUUGGGGUGACUAUCGUGAUUGCGACGCACCGCUGCAUGUAGUUGAGCACGCCUUUGACCAUAUUGUGGAUACCCACUCGAAUAUCGAUUAUAUAUAUCAAACCGGGGAUGUUGUGCCACAUAUCCCUUGGGCAACAACGCAAACUGGUAAUAUGGAUAUAAUGACGAAAAUCAAUCAAUUAAUUAUGGAGAAAUUCACGGGUAUCCCCGUGUAUCCGAAUGUAGGGAACCACGAAUCACACCCGUCAAAUGUUUUUGGUGCCAUCGAUACACCGGAUGAAAUCAACGUCAAGUGGCUGUACGAGCAUCUGUGGUCGCUUUGGUCCACUUGGCUGCCAGCUGAGGCCGAAAACACCGUUCUCAAAGGCGGCUAUUACACCGCUUCGCCAAAGUCAGGCUUCCGCGUGAUUUCUUUAAACAACAACGAUUGUUAUCUAUACAACUGGUGGAUCUAUCUCAACGGGAGUAUUGCCAUCGAACAAUUGGAAUGGCUACACGACACACUGCUCGCAGCCGAGAAGGCUGGUGAAUAUGUCCACAUAUUGGCGCACAUUCCAUCUGGUGAUGUCGACUGUUGGACUGUGUGGGCGCGUGAGUACAACCGUGUUAUUGAGCGGUUCAGUCACAUCAUUGGCGGCAUCUUCAAUGGUCAUACACACGUGGAUGAGUUGAACGUACAUUACACGUCAAAGGGUCAUGCGGUGGCUGUCUCCUGGAACGGAGGCAGUUUGACAACUUAUUCUAAUAAAAAUUCAAACUAUGUCGUAUAUGAGGUCGAACCUAAGAGCUUGCAAGUUGUUGACUAUGAAACCUGGAUUUUCGAUUUGGAGAAGGCAAAUGAGCUGGGCCAGAGUGCGAAGCCCCAAUGGUUCAAAGAAUAUAGUUUAUCUGAAUUCACUGAAGAUCUAAGUCCAAAUGGUUUGGACGGGCUACUGGAUCGGCUAGCUCGAAAUCCGGAAUUGUUGCGAAAGUACUGGCAGUAUAAGUAUACAUCAGCGAAACCCCAUCUGGAUGUUGGAUGUGAUGAUGGCUGCUUAUCCAAAACUAUCUGUCGCAUGGCGGUAACCGUUUAUGAUCAGAAAAAGCGCUGUAAGGAACUACAGGAAAUAUUGAAAGAAAAUCUGCCGACUGAAACCACGGAAUCAUCGACCACUGAAAUUCUGACCACUGAAGGACCAUCUACCACAGAAGAUCCCUCUGGCGACUCAGCUGUUAUGAUUUCCGCUACACAACUAACAACAAUGGCAAGUUUCUUUGUUGUUGCAAGGUUGAUAUUCUAACCUUUUUUAUAAAUAAGUCAAUUCUAAGAUUUACUUUAAUAAAGUGUACAACUAAUUAACGCUGCAACAAAGUUAAUUAUUAGAAUCUAAACGUGGGGUACUUGAGGCCAGUGAACGUUGGAACAAGAAAAAAUAUUGCCACGAAACAGAAAUGUUA